CGGUCCACCUUAAGCGCACAAUGUGGCCAACGAACGCAAGCGUACCAGCCAGGCUUCCGUCCUCAUUCUCCAGCCGGGGAUCGCACUCUGGCUUCCCAGCGUUGACACAGCGUCACUUGUGAAACAACAGAGGGGGGAAAAGACGCACUCGGGCCAAACCCCAUCCGCACCAGCAGGAGAAGAUGUCCGAGCCCAAUAAGUACCGGGAGUGGAUCCUGGAAACAAUCGACUCUCUCCGCUCCAGGAAAGCCCGUCCGGAUCUGGAGAGGAUUUGUCGAAUGGUCCGGAGACGACACGGGUCAGACCCGGACCGAACCAGGACAGAACUGGAAAAACUGAUUCAAGAGCAGACGGUGCUCAAAGUUAGCUACAAGGGGUCCAUCUCGUACCGAAACGCGGCGAAGGUGCAGAGGAAAAGCAGAAAGAAGAGUGAGUUCACGGCUGCUGCUGCUGCUGCUGCUGUCAGCAGCGGCGCGGAGGCAGCGAGGGAGCGGACCAAACACGACCAUCUGAACAACAACGGCGACAGUGCGCACAGCUUCAGCGACCAGGAGGAGGGAGAGGAGGACUCGGAGCCCAGCCCAGAUCCCCACACCCAAACAUCAGCCAGCACCAGCGACAAGAAGCUAAAGCCUGCCUCCAGCCCCAGUAGCGGAAACGGGUGUCUCAGCUGUGGCGCAACAACGGGCUGCGAUGUCGGGAGCGGCUGUACUGAGGAGAAAGCAAGUGCACCGAGCGGCAAGGGAUUAGGACAGCAGGGAGCGGGGCACUGCCCGCCGCCCGGUGUCGGCCAAAGAACAAGCGCACACGACGGCGGUGAUGCCAGCAGGAUAACACCGAGCAAAGCCGAUGCAGUUCGCGGAGGGAAAGAGCCGGGUUUGCCCGGGGCUGACACCCUGAACAAAACUUGCUCAGGGAGCGUCAGAAACCUCCCUCAACAACAGAGACAGAAGCAGGCUGUGCCCCUCAAGCCCAAACUUCGAGUCGGAGGAGGGGGCUCCAAAACAGCGGGGAACCACGCCAACUCCGACCUGGGCGACAGAGUGGUGGCUUCUGUUCGCAGCCUGUCCGAGAGGAGCCUCCGUGGGGGCUCCGCCGCCGCGACCAGAGGCCACAUGAAGCCGCUCGGGCUGAAGGAGAUUUUGGGCUAUCUGAGCAGCCAGGACCGGCUGUCGGAGGAGAAGCUGACCCGAGGCAAAGUCAAAGUGGUCAUGGAGAGAGAGGUGGCGAGGGGAAGGCUGCGCAGGACCCGCUGCGGGAACAUUACUCUUCCUCUGAGGGGGAUGGUGGUGGAGGAGCCGAUGCCGAAGAAUGCGUCCGCUGACAGACUUGUGAAGAGCGCACUGCAGGACAAGCACGCUGGCAAAAAGCCGCCGUCCCCCUCUGUCCAGGAGAAUGAGCCAAUGGAAGCAGCCAGUGGUGAAGAAGAGCAACGGGAAGAGAAUGAGGAAGAGGAGGAGGAGGAUCAUCCCCAGAGCUCUGAUGAGGAGGGAGGACUAUCCCCGGUAACCAUGACAACCGAACCAGAGCUCAUUGAGAAAACCACAGAAGAUGCUGAGAUCCAGACAGUAUCAAAGCAGCAGAGCACCCCGCAGCAGCAGCAGCACGAUGGCAAAGGUGUGCCUACAUGGAUGUCCGGGUCUGACCCCCUUACCAGGACGCCUUGCCCACCUGUUCAGGGAGCUUCCCUGUCACAAUGUGACAGUGCACACUUGGAGGAGAUAGCUGUCGCCCCUGAUCAGCAGCAUAUGGAGGCACAAAAUCAGAUGCAGCACGACAGAAUCAACCAUACCUCCUCAGGCUUUAACAGCCCAGAGUCUAAGACAGAGAUUGGCGUGUCAUCCUGCCUGCUCACACCCACUGCCUCUCCGAGAGACUCCGGCAUGUCUGAGGAACGAGGGAUAAACGGAGGAGUUAGCAUUGAAGGAUCCAACUUUUUUAGCACAAUGAGCCUGGAUGAAGACAAGGCAUGGAGUAAGGAGGCACCACUGGGUGGUUUUUCAGUGUGAAGCAGAUGCAUGUAU